AUGUCUCAAGAUUCGCCAUUCAAUGCACCUCAAAAGACACGCCGGAUCACACAAGCUUGUGACUUUUGCCAUCGACGAGGGUUAAAGUGUAAGAGCAGCGAAAACACAACGCGUGCUGUCCAGUCAUCAUGUUUGACUUGCAUUGAGUACGGUCAGGAGUGUACCCGACUGCGUCAACCAAAACGGCGUGGCACGAAACCCAAACGAGAGCAGCGCAACAGCUCCAACCGAGCAGGAGACAAUCUAAGGAACGAAACUCAAGCCCCUAUCGAGGUGCCAUUGCCACAAGGAAGCAGAGCAUCAACUUCAAAUUUGAAGAACAGGAGGCUUGUCACAGGCCUCCUGGAUGUGUAUCUGGACACCAUCCAUCCGAUUUUCCCGUUCUUCUGCGAGCGUGAGCUCUGGGUCGGGUGGAGAGAUGGUUCUUUUCCGGCGGACGAAUCCGACGAAAUGAGCUUGGCCUGUAUGUGUGCGCUCAGCGCCCAACAUGUCGGAAGCGGUGCUCUGUUCAGCGAUGAAGUGCCUGCAACAGACAGCGCUCCAUCCGCACAAGAUUUUCUCAUCGAGGCUAAGAGAAUGGUUGCUAUGGACUUCGAGACCCCUUGUCUGAAUCAGAUUCGCUCUUACGGUAUGCUUGUGCUUUUAGGAGCUCAGAGCAACGACAAUGCCAUGGCGCACAAGUAUCUUGGUCUUUAUCAUGGCUUGUGUGCACACUGGAAUCUGUUCGAUGAGGCCAAAUGGCCCAAAGGCAUCAACAACUGCGAAGUUGAGGUUCUGCGCCGACUGUGGUGGAUCUUAUAUCGUCUCGAGGUCCACACCGCCUGUGUCUUUGGCACCAUGAUACGAACUCCAGAAGCACAAUGUUUCGUAGGCUAUCCUGUUGGAACCCAUCACCCACCGUUCAUUCCCGGACGUGAGGGUCAAUUCGAAGACUGGUUCGCGGGCUGGAACUCGACCACGGAUCUAUUCAGAGCGCUGGAGCAUGUCAUCGUCGACUUGCGACUGCGACGAAGUCAGCGAAGAUCAGUGUUUGGAAAUGAUGUGUCUAGCCACACCUCUUCGUUCACACAAGUGUUGGCUCGGAUGCAGGAUGACAUCCUACCUCACUUCAGAUUGGUCCGCUCAAGGUCUACUGACAGCGGGAGAAAUCGAUGUGGCUUUCAAGCUUCGAAUAUCCUCUGCAUCAUUCAUCUUGGCCGCAUGCUAUCUGCUUUGGGAGAUAAAGAUUACAGUGUGGCUUGUCGAACAGCUGAAGAUAUGAUAACUACCAUCAGCAGCAUCCCCUUAGAGUACGUACGGGCUAUUGGAUCUCCUCUGCUACAACAACUCGCAGGCGUUGGUCACAUGCUUGCCACUCUGGCGAGUAAGCAGAAAAUCACACAGAAUGAUCAUGAGCAAUGUCUUGUUGUGUUGGCAUCUAUCAUUAAGUUCCUCUCGAAGUUUACCGAGCGCAAUGGCACGGCUGCAACCGAGCACCAGAGAUUGACCGAUCGCCUGAGAGAAGCAUCUGCGCGGACCGCGCGAGCAGCGUCUUAUGAAACAGAGCAUUCACCACUUACAUGGUCAGAGGAGAUGGAGACUAUGUUCUCGAAGCUCGCGUCGUUUUCAACACUGACGAAUGAUCAGGCACUGUUCUCAAUGAAUCUGACAGGAAGUCUCUCGUGGUCGUAUGAGCCGAACGCUUAG